UUUGCGCUGUUCAGGGGAAGAUGGCGGAGGCUGCGGCUGUUCCCCCGCAUCGCUUUUUCUGCCACUGCUGUAAGGGAGAGGUGAACCCCAAGCUGCCGGAAUACAUAUGUCCAAGGUGUGAUUCGGGGUUCAUAGAGGAAGUAACAGAGGACUCCAGUUUCCUAGAGGGGGGUGCAAACGGGAUAGAUGACACAGCUACACAGUUUGCAGAGCUAUGGCACCUGUUGUUUGUGGAGCGGCCAUUCACAACAGACAGUGAAAGCCCUGACUCAGUACCCCGGACUCCUGGAAGGGACUUUGGGGGUCUCAGUGGUUUAGGGGGGCUUGGAGGGGGGCCUAUUGGUGGGUCAGUCCCAGCAGGUCUUGGGGGACCUUUGGGGAGCCCGCUAGGGGCUGGGGAACACUGGGGGCCAGGACGUCCCCCUCGCUUGCACAGCCAGAGGAGGUACCGUUCCAGAGGUAGCACCAGACCCGACCGCUCACCUGCUGUGGAAGGGAUUGUACAGCAGUUCCUUGCAGGUCUUUUUGCCAAUUCUGGAGUCCCCGGCUCACCUCCCCUAUCAUGGACAGGGAUGCUGCACUCAAACCCAGGGGACUAUGCCUGGGGACAGGGAGGGCUAGAUGCUGUCAUAACACAGUUGUUAGGUCAGUUUGAGAACACAGGACCUCCUCCAGCAGAGAAAGAAAAGAUCUCUUCCCUACCUACUGUCAAUAUAUCUCAGGAACAAGCAGACUGCAGUAUGGAAUGUCCAGUGUGCAAGGAAGACUUCGCAGUGGGCGAGCCCGUCAGACAGCUUCCCUGUAACCACUUGUUUCACUCAGACUGUAUAGUACCGUGGCUGGAAAUGCAUGAUACCUGCCCAGUGUGUAGGAAGGGUUUGAAUGGAGAAGAUGACAGCAGCAGCCAGCCCCUGCCAGAGUCCCCCUCCCUCUCCACGGACCCCCGCACACAGGAGAGAUGGUCAUUCUGAGGCGUAUGUGCGCUUCAGUCUCCGGUUCCCCUCAUCGACGUCCAGCAAAACACGGAGAGAAGAGCUUCGCCGUCUUAUGCUCUCUGCCGCUCGUCUCUACUCCAGACAUGGUGAUCAUCUCGGUCUGAUUUUUUUUUUUUUUUUAACAAUUAUUUCUCUCUUUUGCUCAUUUUCCACCUCACUGUCCUUCUGAAUCAUGUAUACAGACACACUUUGACAAACACCUUCUUAUACACACGUCCCAAAGGUCAGCUGAGGUUGGUUCUCAUUUGCCCAAACAAGACGAGACGUAACAGCCCAGAUUGAUGAUCACAGUCAUGUCUUCUUCCACUUUCUCAUUUUCCACCCCUCUAAAAAUGCACUGCUGUAAGACACUCUUGUCGGGAACCCCCCCCCCCCCCAAGACUCUAUCCCAAAAACCCUGCCCUCUUUCCUCAGCCCCGAGAUCAGCUGAGAACCUGCAACCGAGCCCUCUUGAAUCACGUGGUCCUCACCAGUAAGAAAAACUUGCCAUCCAUCUUACUAUUUAGCAUCCUUCCGUAAUAUCAUUGAUGAAAAUACAAGGAUGCAAAAUAGCUGCUGAGAAGUGGACACAAAUGGGAGCUGUGACGUUAAGAAAGCAAAGGAUUGUUUAUAUCCAUUUGGUCCCCUUGUUUUUUUUGUAUGACAGGAUAGACUUUGGUCCAGCAAGGGUUCUGGAAAGAGGGCAAGGCCUCACUAUGUGAACCUGGCCUAUUCUCUCCCCAACGCUUAACAUCUAGAAUUUCUCCUUCAGGUGUAUAUAUUAGAAAAAGACGGCAUUCCUCUGUCAUUUAUUUCUGUUAAUGAAUCUGUCUUUUGUUUCAUUUUUAUUUUAUCACUAUUUUUUAAUGUAAAUAAUUGUAGUCCAACAACUUCUGGUUUGAAAAGGAUAGGAACAUUGAGAAUGAAUAAACAAAUGUGAAAUUCCUGGUUAUCGAUAUGUAUAUUAUAUAUAUGAAAAGUGUAUGAUGUAUUAAUAAAGUGAAAACUAUG